AUGUCGGGGAGGGGUAAGGGAGGGAAGGGGCUGGGCAAGGGCGGCGCGAAGCGCCAUCGCAAGGUGCUGCGGGACAAUAUCCAGGGGAUCACCAAGCCGGCGAUCCGGAGGCUGGCGAGGAGAGGAGGCGUUAAGCGCAUUAGCGGCCUUAUCUACGAGGAGACGAGAGGCGUCCUCAAGAUCUUCCUGGAGAACGUGAUCCGCGAUGCAGUCACCUACACGGAGCACGCUCGCCGGAAGACCGUGACGGCGAUGGACGUGGUCUACGCGCUGAAGAGGCAAGGCCGCACCCUGUACGGUUUCGGUGGUUAA